AUGCCACUUUACCGUAGCAGUCAGCCCGAGCCACCCUCCCGGUCUGCUUCCAGGCUCAAUUCAACUCCAUUCCGUGAGGAGCAGUCUAAAAAAAAGACAACGCCAUCUGUCGCGCAGCCUCGUUGCUUCAAAGGCCAGCCCGAGCCACGGCGCACCAAUUCGCGUCUCUUGCAAACAUCCGUUCUUUUUGGCAAGCACAGAGAAGCAACUUCGCCUCUGGCUGCUCCAUUUUGCUCUUUGACCACUCGCAUUCCUUCGCUAGGAGCACGGUCGCUCUCGCUGGCUUGGACAGCCCUGCCUGGGAUUUGGUUAGGACUUGCGCUACCUGGCAGCCCCGAUCAAGGGUCAUCCAUCCGGACCGAAGCUGCACUUUGCGCCUUUCCAUGCUUCCCUCCUCGAUCGCGCCUCCACAGUAUUCUUCUCAGCUUGCUCUGGCCUCCUCCCCGCACCACCGCGCGCAGGUGCCACCCGAUUCCUUCCCUACGACUCAUCGCCGAGUCCAGGACCCGCUUCUACACAAUGGUCGCAACGACCACACGGCGCAGGAAGAUCAUCGGCCAGCGCCGCCGCAUCGAGGAUGAGGCCGAAGACGAGGGUGGUCCUGAGUCACUGGUCGACCUCGAUGAUGAUUCGGUGACGGAUGGCUCGAUCGCGAGCGACGAACACGACCCCACCGACGAUAGCGAUACGAGUAACAUCGACGAUGCCUCACCAACAUUGCCCAGCGCCCGAAAACCCCUCGGCAACGGCAAUGCGAAGGCUGGGUUUCGCCGCCGGACCGGUUCUGAGCCACUCAAGAGUCCAGCCGCAAAACCUGUUGUGCCCGUAAUAGCCGAUGCCGAGUCCAUGCUCAGCAAGCUGUCCCUUGCCGACAAGGAAAACAGGGUAGACGAGAUGCACUUCGAUGAUAUAAAACCUGCACCGCAUGCGAAGGAUACGGCGCCGAUUGUCGUAAGCUCAAGCGCUGCUGCCCAGCAACAACCCCGGCUUCCUCAACAAGAGAUAAAACGGCGUGAACACGAGGAGUACAGACGAAAGAGAGAUGAAGACCCAACUUUCGUCCCCAACAGGGGCGCCUUCUUCCUACAUGAUCACCGGCAUGCUGGCCCCGCUGCGAAUGGCUUCCGCCCCUUCCCCAGGGGAGCCCGUGGUCGGGGGCGGGGGGCGUUUGGGAAUCACUUCGCUCCCAUUAGUCAGAUACACAACGUUCCAGACCCCGUCAUUAAUGGGCUGUGGAAACACGACAUGCACGAAGUGGUCGCCGCCCCUCAACCCCCUCGGCAGAACCGUUACCUGCCCAGCAACGAAGGGCUCCCAAACGGCAACGGCAUCAUCCCAACCGCGCCGACGAGCAAGAUGUCGAUUAAUAGGGCCAUGUCGACCGAAAAGCACAUCGGCAACACGACCAUCCGGGUGUCUAUCCCGGCCCUCGGGCCUCCCAAGCUCUUCCCGGGCGUUGCCCUGAAGCAGUAUACCAAGCUUCCGGAUCAUCGCCCCCCUCUUCGCCGCGACAAGCCUGUUCGGAUUUCGAUUCCCUAUCAUUACCCGCCCGUUAUGCCCCGUUACAUCUUCCCGGCGAUCGACAGGUCCUUUAUCUUUAUUCCACGGGCGAUGCGGCCGAACCAGCAACGGACACGGGUGCCUGCAAUGGGUAUGCCUCCUAGGCCGGAUGUUUACCAGAAGGUCCCUGAGGCGUCCAUCAACGAAUUGCCCCAGCCCCAAACGCACCCCCUUCCCCUAAAACCCACGUUCCAGGAGAGCCAACCAAACACACUCCCGAUGCACCAACCACGACCGCAGAAGGCCGUCUCCCUUGAAAACAUCGAGUCGCCCGCCCAGCAGUCCACAAACGCGCCGGGGCCUUAUCAACAACCUUUCCAUCAGCAGAUGCCACCGCCGCCACCCAACGGUUAUCCCCAAGAUUCCCACGCUCGCCACCCCUCGUACCAGUCCCAGUUCUCGUCCUCUACGCCGCUGUCUCAGAUUCCGGAGCGUGCAGUCCACGCGGCUCCCUUCCAGCCCAACACUUAUGCCCAACCCAGCUUCUACAACCAGCCAUACGCGCCAAUGCCACCGCAGCAAGGCUUCUAUUAUCCCCAGCCAUUUAACGCGAACAUGGGGCCCAAUGCAAACGCCCCCACCUUUGUGCCGGCGACACAACAGCAAGGCCAGCCUGCCCCGUACACACAAUCUGCCCAGGGCGAGAUGCCCUCUACCCAACCUGCUGCGCAAGGCACAUCACAACAGCAGCAAAACAUUGUCGACGCGCGGGAGUCGCAAGGCACGGUCUACUAUGAUUAUUAUUCACAGCCUCCCCAGAUGCCAGGCUACCCACCGUCUUUCCCUACCGGUCCCCAGCCCUAUGCUACAGGCCCUGGCAUGGUAGGCAUGGCGGCCGCGCCAAUGAUGACACCAAGCCCAGACACAUUUUACUACCAGCAGCCGAUGGCCUACUAUCCUCAGUAG